GACAGUUUGAGAAUAACUUUUGUGUGCUACCCUUUUUUUCACAUAUGGAUGGUUCUCAUGCUAGUUUUGUUAUUUUAGAUGACUGUUAUUACGUGAUGAGAUAUAUAUUUCAUAUAGGAUGUGGUUGUGGUUUUUCAUAUAUGAUGUAAACCCAGUAAUGCAAGAUGAAACUUGCAAGAUGUGGUACUUUUUAGGUUGAUUUUUUAAACAUUUUUAUCUGCUUUUUGCUCUUUUUAUUUAUUUUUUCAAAUGUGUUUAUAUGUUUUUAAUAUACUUUCUUCUGUGUGUUUAAUUAGUCUUUGUUUCAUGACCUAAGUCUUUUUAAUUAUUAUACAGGUCUCCCUCAACUCUAAACAUGCCUAGACUUUACAAAUAUCCUGCUGGUACCAUCAAGCACAGGUUUUCUACCAUUAGGUGGCAUAAAGCAGUUUCUGAUUUAAGUGAUAAUCAAAAGUCGUUUGUUAGGAAAUAUGAGCUCGAUAAUCUUCUGAAUAUUCAUCCUCACUUAAUGGUUCCAAUACCAAUCCUUCAAUUGUUGCGGACCACCUGAAUUGCAAUGGAACUGGAGUUUUCAGAAAGGGUGAUAAAAUAAUUCAUCUAAGAAGAGACAUGGUAAUUCAGGUUUUUGGGAUCCGUUCUGUUUCUGUGCCUUUUCCUCUGGAUAGCACAGAUCCAGUUGUUGUGGCUAGAGUGUUACAACUUAGGUCUCAGUAUCUCGGUAAUAGCCAGAAGAACAUUCAAUUUGAUAAUAUCAUCACUAUCAUGAAGAAUGACGAGACCGAGGAAGGUUUCAUGCGAAGUUUCGUAUUUCUCUUCAUAAGUUCUGUUUUCUGUCCAACCACUCGGAAUUGUGCAAAUUGGAAAAUUCUUUAUGGGCUGCACGACAUUAGCAAGCUGAAGACCUUUGAUUUGGCUCAACUUUGCAUUGAUCACUUGAACAAAGAAAUUGAUUACUUCAGCACCAAUCUAUUCAAUAGAACUAAAACUCCAUUGAACAAUUCAAUCUAUGUUGGUGGAUGCUUACCUUUAGCUGCUAUUGUCUAUCUGGACUUUGUGGACUUCACAAAAGCUUCUCAACAACGAAGUAUCAAUUAUGGAGUCCCUAGAAUGGCCUAUAUUCAGAAUGACGACUUUGACUAUCUAGCUAUAGUGGACUUAAACCCAAGAUCCAAGAAGACGUUUGCAUUGGGAUUCUUACCACUAAAAGACAUUUCUAGGACACCUUACGGUGCUCGUGCAAUUGUAUUGGCUCAAGAGAAGUGGUCCAAAGCCCCACAGAGUUAUGAUGUUGAGGAAAAUCUCAUUCCAAAGUCCAAUGACAUCUCAAAUGUUGCAUCUACCUCGAACAGUAAUCCAAAAGUUAUGAAUAUAAUAUCUCAAGUUGUUGCAAAGCAUGAUGAAAUUUGGAAGAAGCUUCAUGAGCAACAUAUGCAAAAUAUGUUUUCAGAUCUCAAAACAACUCUCAUGUCUCUUCAGCCAAAUACAAACAGCCAAGUAAACAUUGCUGGUACUUCAACCAUGAAUCCUAUUGUUCUUUCAGCAUGCAGCAACAUGAAUAACCAGAAUGAACCAAUAAAUGCCAACCAUCACCCAGUCCAGAUAGUCAGUGAGCCAAUUAGAGCAUCUUUAUUCCAAGAUCAUGUAUAAGUUACUCCUACUCCUGAGGUUACCUUAAUGCACAGCAACAAGGACAUCCAAGUUGAAAAAGCAGUUCCAGUUACUGAACAAGAUUCAGUUCCUCAGCAAGUGCAGCAAACUGAGCAAGCACCUUCAGCUGUAAACAUUGUUCAGAAUGAAGAAAUUUCACCUGGGAACAAUGGUAUUCAUACUGACAACACACUUGAUCAACCUAUUUCUUAUAGUCAAACAAGUGACGGUACUCAAUUUGCUGUUAACACUCUUAUUGAGAUCUCAGGUACCUUUUCUGAAACAAUUCAUACUCGACCGAUCUCAGUAUUGCAACCAGUGGACUGCGUUCAACAUGCAGUCAAUAGUGAGCCAUAUGAAAUGGAAUUUCAGCAUGUGAACCCCACAACAGUCCAUAUUCAGGAAACUCCCGUUUCUGUGAGCAAACAAACUCAGUUAGUGAAUGAGCCUCCAACGAAAGAAGUGGCUGCUUCGUCAAACAUUCUAACUGAAGAUGACAUUAUGCUAAGGAAUGUGAUCUCACAAUCAAAUGACAAUCUGGGAGAUGGCAUUGAAAUUGCCAUGAACUAUGCUGAUGGCAUUAUAAUCCCAGAACUUGAUAAGACGGUCCCCAAAGUACCUGAGGUACCUGAGCACAAAUCAUCUCAUGCAGCAUUGAAUGUAUCUGGUCCCAGCACUAUAGAGAAGAGAAAUCGAAAGAAAAGGAAAGCAAAAGAUCUAUCUGCUCAAGAUAAGAUAUCAAAGAUAAGUGUUGAACCUCAUGUUCAGGAGUUUUUUAAGAAAUACCUUGGAAACAAAUUCUUCAAGAAUGAAAAUCCAACCAUUAUUGACAUCAAUGGAUUUACUGUGGAGUAUGAUCAUUUCUAUAAUUCACUCAAGGCAAUAGGAAACGUUCACAAUGAAGUCUUCAAUGCUUAUGUCCAAGUUUUCAAUUAUGAGAAUGAAAAUCCAGAUCCAAAAAGUAAGGAACCUUCGAAAUACUGCUUUACUUCGUACUUCACGGAGAAGUUACUUGAUGAUCCCAAGAAUUUCAACUCUCGAUCUUGUGUAAAAGAAUUCAAGAAACUGAACUGUGGCAAGAACUUACACAAGCGUGAUAUGCUAUAUUUCCCCAGAGUUGAUUCAUUCCACUGGACUUUGUUCUGCAUUAACAAUCUGUUUGAAACCGUCAAUUUCUUUGAUUCAAGGAGUUCUGUUCCUCAAAAUCAAGUCAACAAGUUAACAUCAAAUCUGAUCAUCAACAUGGGCACCAUUUUCAAGUCUUCUGGAUGCACAUACAAGAAUAUUGAGAAUUUCGACUGCAUUUCCCCUAAGGAAUACCCCCAGCAAGACAACCUGUGAGUAAAGCAACCAUCAUUAUGCUCCAUGCAAUUUUCUGUCUUUAACUCUUAUAAUCAGUUAACAUUCUGUCACCCAAGAAGUUCCUUUGCUGAAAUUUAUGUAUACCUUUUUGUACAGCCACAAUUGUGCUCUCUAUGCUAUCAUGUAUAUGGAUAUCUGGGAUGGGAAGAACAUGAAGGAAUUUGAUAAUGGAAUUAUUCCUCAAUUUCGUCAGGUCCUUGCUUACAAGCUGGCAAAGUCUAACAUCAACGAAAAAAGUGUUCAGGGACUUGAAGAUGAUGUUUCAACCAAGAAGAGGAAGAAGCGCCGCUAGUUGUGUGGAGAAAGCAAAUACUUUGAGUUUCUAGAAUUGAAUGUGCACCACAACUACUGAUAACUCACCGGUGUCAUUGCUUGGAAAACUUUUAAGUUCCCUUUUUCCCUUUCUGUGGAAAUCACUCUUUUGUGUGGAAAACAUUUAUGUUGGAGACUCAGUACAUUUUAUAUUUUUAUGAAAGUAGUGUCACCAGCACAAUUUAUUUUUCUGUUCUUGUGUGAGAGACAGUCAAAGAAACUUAGUUGUAGAAUAACAAUGAGGAACAAUUAAAGGUGUUUUUGCUUUUCCAUACCAACAUGAGUGUCUUCAAGGAUUUUUUUUCAAUGAAGUGUGUUGUUUAUUUCUUUUCCCAAAGCAGAUGUGUGAUUGAUUUCCAUGAAAGGGAAAUUGUCUUACUUUUAGGGGGUACGAAAAAUGUGCAUUUUUUUGUAGCAAACGAGACGAAAGGCAACAUUUGUCAUUUUUUUACAAAAGCAAUAGUGAAUUCUCUUAGG